GUUACCAACCUAUACAUAUAUACUAUUUGGUUAUAUAUAUAUGUAAUGUAUGUGAGUUAAACACACACUAGGACACCAUCAAACGCACGCAGAAGAGAGGCAUCUCCGGGUCAUCAGAUGGGUGGUGAAGAGAGAGACAUAGAUGAUCUGCCCAAGAACCCAGCUAACUACACCGCGUUAACGCCGCUCGGGUUCCUGGAGCGGGCAGCGCUAGUGCACCCGACCCGGAAGUCUGUAGUCCAUGGGUCUGUCACUUACACGUGGCAGCAGACCUACCGUCGAUGCCGCCAGCUUGCUUCCGCCCUUACGAAGCGGGGCGUUACCUUCGGCAGCACCGUUGCAGUGAUUGCACCAAACAUUCCAGCCAUGUAUGAAGCUCAUUUUGGGGUUCCAAUGUCUGGUGCUGUACUAAAUGCUGUCAAUGUCCGUCUCAAUGCACAGACCAUUGCCUUUCUGCUGGGCCAUUCACAAUCUGCUCUUAUUAUGGUGGACCAAGAGUUCUAUACCUUGGCAGAGGAAGCUUUGAAAAUUUUGGCAGAUACAAGCAAAAAUGGGAAAUUUAAGCCUCCAAUUUUGAUUGUUAUUGCAGAUGAAAACUGUGAUCCAAAGUCACUUCAAUAUGCACUGGAAAGAGGAGCAGUUGAAUAUGAGAAGUUCCUGGAAACGGGUGAUCCAGAGUUUGCAUGGAAACCACCUGAGGAUGAGUGGCACAGCAUUGCCUUGGGCUAUACUUCUGGUACAACAGCUAGUCCUAAGGGGGUCGUUUUGCACCACCGAGGGGCAUAUCUCAUGGCUCUGAGUAAUGCUGUUGUAUGGGGCAUGAAUGAAGGAGCUGUUUACCUGUGGACUUUGCCCAUGUUCCAUUGUAAUGGCUGGUGUUUCACUUGGACUCUUGCAGCGCUUUGUGGGACGAGCAUUUGCCUUAGACAGGUCACAGCUAAAGGUGUCUACUCAGCCAUAGCCAAUCUUGGUGUGACCCAUUUCUGUGCUGCACCAGUGGUUCUCAAUACCAUUGUAAAUGCCCCCAAAAUUGAAACGAUCCUUCCCCUCCCCCGUGUCGUCUAUGUGAUGACGGCAGGUGCUGCUCCUCCCCCUUCAGUUCUCUUUGCAAUGUCACAACGAGGCUUCCGAGUCACACACACUUAUGGGCUUUCUGAAACUUAUGGGCCCUCAACUAUAUGUGCGUGGAAGCCCGAGUGGGAUUCACUACCACCAGAAGACCAAGCCCGUUUAAAUGCACGACAAGGGGUCCGAUACGUUGCCCUAGAGGGCUUGGACAUUGUUCAUACCCAAAACAUGACACCUGUCCCGGCUGAUGGGAAAACAGUUGGAGAAAUUGUAUUCAGGGGCAAUGCUGUGAUGAAGGGCUAUCUCAAGAAUCCCAAAGCAAACAAAGAGGCUUUUGCCGGUGGCUGGUUCCAUUCUGGUGAUCUUGGUGUAAAGCACCCAGACGGCUAUAUCGAGAUCAAGGACAGGUCAAAGGAUAUAAUUAUAUCAGGAGGUGAAAACAUCAGCAGCGUGGAGGUGGAGAAUAUUCUGUACCAGCACCAUGCAAUAUUUGAAGUUUCGGUGGUGGCCAGGCCAGAUGAGCAAUGGGGGGAAUCGCCUUGUGCAUUUGUGACGUUAAAGCCAGAUGUCGAUGCAUCUGACCAGCAACACGUAGCCGAAGAUAUAAUGAAGUUCAGUCGAUCAAAAAUGCCAGGAUACUGGGUUCCAAAAUCAGUUGUCUUCGGACCGUUGCCUAAGACAGCCACCGGGAAAAUACAGAAGCAUUUGCUGAGAGCCAAAGCGAAGGAGAUGGGGCCGGUGAAGAAGAGUAGGUUAUAAUACAGAAGCAUUUAUUGAGGAUCACUAAGCACUUAUUUUCCGGCAGAAACAUGGACGACAUCCCCUUUCCUAAACCCUUUACCACAGUUGAAAUUAUGAUUAUGUGCCUGUAAAAUUUGUUAUAUCCAUGCUCACAACUUCAGCUUGUAUUAAUAAAAGACAGCGUUUUUGUCGGAAUCCUUAAGGCCAAUGAUCUUUUGCAUUCA